UAGUUAACGAAAUUUCAGCCUCAUAAACACAUUAAAAAUUUUGCCUCUUGAGAGUUGAAAGGGCCCUGUAUUUUAUUAUGUCUUUAAGUUGUCCUCUGAAAUAUACUCACAAAUGUGAUGUUUUGUUAAUGACUGAGGAACCUGUCUGUGACAUCAUUUAUGCUCUGCCACACUCUUGACACUGUCUGCACCAGGAAGAUGUGAAGGUGCAGUCAUGCAGGAGAACCUCAGAUUUGCCUCAUCGGGAGACGAUGUUAAGAUAUGGGACGCUUCCUCGUUGACGCUGGUGGAUAAGUUCAGCCCGCACGCUGCGCCUCAUGUUAUUAGCUCAGUGUGCUGGAGCAGCAACAAUAACUUUCUAGUGACAGCAUCUUCCAGUGGUGACAAAAUAGUUGUCUCAAGUUGCAAAUGUAAACCUGUCCCGAUUUUAGAGCUUGGUGAAGGGCAAAAGCAGACAUGUGUCAGUUUAAAUUCAACAUCUAUGUAUUUGGUAAGCGGAGGCCUAAAUAAGACUGUUAAUAUUUGGGAUUUAAAAUCAAAAAGAGUUCAUCGAUCUCUUAAGGAUCAUAAAGAUGAAGUAACUUGUGUAACAUAUAAUUGGAAUGACUGCUACGUUGCUUCUGGAUCUCUCAGUGGUGAAAUUAUUUUGCACAGUGUAACCACUAAUUUAUCUAGUACUCCAUUUGGUCAUGGUAGUAACCAGUCUGUUCGGCACUUGAAGUACUGCUUAUUUAAGAAAUCACUCCUGGGCAGUGUUUCAGAUAAUGGAAUAGUAACUCUCUGGGAUGUGCAUAGUCAGAGUCCAUACCAUAACUUUGACAGUACACAUAAAGCUCCGGCUUCAGGCAUCUGUUUUUCUCCUGUCAAUGAACUGCUAUUUGUAACUGUGGGCUUGGAUAAAAGAAUCAUUCUCUAUGACACUUCAAGUAAGAAGCUCGUGAAAACUUUAGUGGCUGAUGCUCCUCUGACUGCAGUGGAUUUCAUGCCUGAUGGAGCCACUUUGGCUAUUGGAUCCUCCCGUGGGAAAAUAUAUCAAUAUGAUUUAAGGAUGCUGAAAUCACCAAUUAAAACCAUCAGUGCACAUAAGACAUCUGUGCAGUGUAUAGCAUUUCAGUACUCCACUGUUCUUUCUAAGUCAGGUUUGAAUAAGGGCUGUUCAAAUAAGCCCACAGCUGUGAACAAACGCACUGUUAAUGUGAGCGCCGGCGGAGGAGGAGCCCAGAAUCCUGGAGUGGUCAGAGAAGCAGCCACCACACCCCUUGCCACAGUUCUGCCCCAGCCCACGGCAGCCGCUGUGGGAAAGGGAACAGCAGGUGCUCCUCAAGACAAAGCAGGUCUGCCUCAAAGCAUAAACACCGAUACUUUAUCAAAGGAAACGGAGAGUGGGAAAAAUCAGGAUUUCUCCAGCUUUGAUGAUUCUAGAAAAAGUAGUUUAGGUGACAUGUUCUCACCUGUCAGAGAUGAUGCUGUAGUUAACAAAGGAGGUGAUGAGUCCAUAGGCAAAGGAGAUGGCCUUGACUUUCUACCACAAUUGAACUCAGUGUUUCCUCCAAGAAAAAAUCCAGUAGUUUCAAGCACUCCAGUAUUGCAUUCUAGUCCUCUUAAUGUCUUUAUGGGGUCUCCUGGGAAAGAAGAAAAUGAAAAUCAUGAUCUGACAGCUGAAUCUAAGAAAAUGUAUCUGGGAAAACAGGAAUCUAAAGACUCCUUCAAGCAGUUUGCAAAGUUGAUCUCCGGUGCUGAAACUGGAAAUCUAAAUGCCUCUCCAUCAUCUAACCAAACAAGAAGCCCUGAGAAAUUUGAAAAGCCAGAAAAAGAAAUUGAAGCCCAGUUAAUAAAUGAACCUCCAGGCAAUGGAUCCUCAACUCCAAAUCCAAAGAUAGCAUCCUCUGUCACUGCUGGAGUUGCUAGUUCACUAUCAGAAAAAAUCGUUGAUACCAUUGGAAAUAGUCGGCCAAAUGCACCGUUGUCAUCUGUUCAGAUCCGUUUUAUUCAGAACAUGAUACAGGAAACCCUGGAUGACUUUAGAGAAGCAUGCCAUAGGGACAUUGUGAAUUUGCAAGUGGAGAUGAUUAAACAGUUUCAUAUGCAAUUGAAUGAAAUGCAUUCUUUGUUGGAAAGAUACUCAGUGAAUGAAGGUUUAGUGGCAGAAAUUGAAAGACUACGAGAAGAAAACAAAAGACUGCGGGCACACUUUUGAAAUUUCAGUGAAUACUUUGAUGUUUUGUAAUUUGGGGAAGGUUCUGACAACACAGAACUACAUGAAAUCAGUAUUGUUUUCAUAACCUCUGGGAGAAAAAAUUUUUUUCAGUAAAAGGGUGAUGGGAUUUUAUACCAAUCACUAUUUCAUCUUUUCUGUCAAAUAUAUUUAUAUUUUUGUAUUAAAAACUACACUAUGUCAUCUGCCUAAGAGGAAAGCCAACAGUCUUUAUUUUAUGGAAGCUUUGCCUAUACACUAAGUGCCCUUUUUCAUGAAAAAAUUGUGCAAAAAAAUAGGUGAUGUAUGUUUUUUAAUCAUCCUUUCUAAACAUAAUAUUUUUGGUUGACAGUUGCCUUCCAAUUUUUUUUGGAUGUUUGAUGAUUAAAGAGUGUGAUAUACCUUCUAUUUUUAUGGAGAAAGUAAGUUUAAUUGGUGUUUUGUGUUUCUAAGCAAUUGACUAAUAAAACACAAAGUUGGUUAGUAAUUAUUUUGUUAACUUGGUUAAGUCAAGUAAAACUAUUAUUUAUUACUUGUACAUUUGAUAAGAAAAUUUUCAGAUUUUGAAUUGCACAGAUCACAUUAUAUCUAUUGCAUUACUCUUUUAUACUUCUAACUGAUCACUACUCUGAUUGAUAUUUUGUAGUUAAUUUUACCUGUGAAAACUUUUAAGGGUUUAUAAGACUCAACCAGAACUGCGUAUCUGCUGAUUAUCUCAUUAAUUAACAGCAUAAAAUGUAUACUAUAAUGUUUUAGUCACUAUAAUUCAGCUUAGUAAUCAGUGAAAAUUUCAUAUUAUACUAAGUAUUACAGUAUUAGUCCAUUUUUUCUUCUCCCAAAUGAGGUGUGGUUUAUUUUGUUCUGUGGUUUAUAUCAUUAACUUUCUUUAAUCCUUUUCUGUGCUGUAUGUAAUUUUUUUAUAUUAUUGACCCACUAUAAAAUAAAUAAAAAUUUUUUU